UCCCGGCCGAGGGAACCAGUCUGGCUGCCUGGCUGCCUGGGAUAGUGUCUUUGUGGAUCUGCGCGCGUGUGUCCGUGUGAACCAGCGAAGCCGCCUCCCCGCAGCGGGAAAUCAGAUGCUACUGCGAUGCUGCCCACUGCGUGGCUACGGGCUACAUGUGUAAGUCGGAGCUCAGCGCCUGCUUCUCCAGACUUCUGGAUCCUCACAACACAAACUCCCCACUCACCCAUGGCUGCCUGGACUCCCUGGCGAGCACUGCCGACAUCUGCCAAGCUAAAGAGGCGCAAAACCACUCUGGCCCCACUGUGCCCACAGUGGAGUGCUGCCACGAAGACAUGUGCAAUUACAGAGGGCUGCAGGAUGUGCUCUCUCCCCCCAAGGGGGACCCCUCAGGACAAGGCAACCGGUACCAGCCUGAUGGUAGCAGAAACCUCAUCACCAAAGUGCAGGAGCUGACGUCUUCCAAAGAGUUGUGGUUCCGGGCGGCGGUCAUCGCUGUGCCCAUCGCUGGGGGGCUGAUCUUAGUGUUGCUCAUCAUGUUAGCCUUGCGGAUGCUUCGCAGCGAGAACAAGAGACUGCAGGAUCAGCGGCAGCAGAUGCUGUCCCGGUUGCACUACAGCUUUCAUGGACACCAUUCCAAAAAGGGGCAGGUGGCCAAGUUGGACUUGGAAUGCAUGGUGCCCGUGAGCGGGCAUGAGAACUGCUGUCUCACCUGUGAUAAAAUGAGGCAAGCAGACCUCAGUCACGAUAAGAUCCUCUCGCUGGUUCACUGGGGCAUGUACAGUGGGCACGGGAAGCUGGAAUUCGUAUGACAAGAGUCUUAUCUCGAGUGAACCUCUCGGACGCUUGAAGACCUUUGAGUUCUGCUGGACAGGAGCACUUUAUCUGAAGCAAAACAAGCUAUGGCGUCAUCAUCUUUGGAGAGACAGACAGACCUCUGCAGACAGAAUCUUGGAUAUUUCUCCUGAAGGAUUAUUUGCACAGACUUAAAUACAGUCAUGUAUUAUUUGCUUUAAAAAUGAUGAAAAAGCAAAGAGAAGACUCUGCACACACUAUUGCCAGGGUUAUUUGCAUCAGGGGGAGCUCAAGUGGAGUGCCCGAAUAAACUAGACUGUGCUCUAUGCAAGUUCCUACAUCUUGAUUUAUUGUAAAGAUUUUAAAAUACACACACAUAUAUAUAUUUUUUUUGUCUGAAAUUUAGCAAUGUCUUGUCCUAAAUUAAAAAUGAAGUGGGAAGUGUAAAGAACUACAUGUUAAUUAUACAAAUGAAGAUUUGUCUUUGU